AUGCACAAGCGCAUAUAUUCCACAUCUGCACUCUCUGAUGAGUCUUCGGUCACAUGCUUCUGCACGCCACGCUGUUCCACACCCACCAGAAAGCCUCACAUCCACCGAGAGGCAGACGGUCGGUUUGUGGGCCGAAUCUUGAGACGGAGAUGCGGAUGCGGAUACCAGUCAGGCCCAAAAUUCUCCCACCUACACUCCGGCUGGAGCCAGAUUGGCUGGUUUCUCGGGAUCAAUGCGGCUCGGGUAAUUGGCCAGAUCGUCUUUCCACGGACACAUUACUUCACACACAGGCAUACAGGCAAAUUGGUACCGCAUUCGGGUCUAUUCGCAGACAUGCAAGUACAUGAUCCGUCAGUGCUAACGGCAGAGACACCACUUCGGGCCAUGCAACCCUUAACCUGUCGUAACGCUCCACUCCACUGGACCGACCGACCUACCGACCGACUGACGGAUUGA